AUGGAUUACAACAUGGAGGAUAGCCAGAACUCAGCUCCCGGCAGUGUCCAGGCCGCCAAGCUUAACUCUGGUCACAAGGGCCCUGACUCUCAGAGCACCACCAAGAGACUGCAGACCGAGCUGAUGCAACUCAUGACGUCGCCUGCUCCCGGCGUCUCUGCCUUUCCCGGUGCGGAUGGAAACCUCCUCGCUUGGACUGCCACCAUCGAGGGUCCCGACGAUACUCCCUACGCUGGGUUGACCUUCAAGCUCAGCUUUGCAUUCCCCUCAAACUACCCUUACGCCGCUCCUACGGUGCUCUUCAAGACACCCAUCUAUCAUCCUAAUGUCGACUUCUCUGGCCGCAUCUGCUUGGACAUUCUCAAGGACAAGUGGACCGCUGCUUACAACAUUCAGACUGUUCUCCUGAGUCUUCAAAGCUUGCUUGGCGAGCCCAACAAUGCUUCACCCCUCAACGGUGAGGCUGCCGAGCUCUGGGAUAAGGAUACCAAGGAGUUCCAGAAGAAGGUUCUGGCACGCCACAGGGAUGUUGAGGACGAGUAA